UCAUUUUUUGCCAAGAUAAUCCAUCCCACCUCAGGCGUGGCAUAUCAAGAUGCUGAUUAAACGGCAUUAUUAUUGCACAGGUGUGCCCUAGUGCCCACAAUCAAAGACCAGUCUGAAAUGUGCAGUUUUGUCAGAGAGCACAAUGACACAGAUGUCGCAAGUUUUGAGGGAGCGUGCAGUUAUGGUAAAUGGUAAAUGGGUUAUACUUGUAUAGCGCUUGCAAGUGUCAUUGAAACUUACACUUAAUAUUUUUGUUUAAGGGUUAAUAUUUUUUGUUGAAAAUUAUUAUGGUUGUGAAUUCAUGUUACAUUUUUUGUAAUUGUUUACUAUAAAAGGGCAAUUGACUUCCUUUGUUACACCGCUAUUCUCGCAAGGUUUUGGUUUAGUAUUAGAGGUUGCGAGACCCGCAUUCGCCCAGACAUGCAAAAGACUUUGAGCGAGCCAUCAGCAGCAGCAAGAACAUUUAGCUAGCUGAACAAGGUAUUUUGUCAUAUUGUGUCGAAUUAUUCUGUAUAUUUGUAAAGUACAUUGGUUUAAUUAUUGUACGCUCAUUUAGUAUGCACAAGACUGAAAUAUUUGCUGCCCAAGAACCUCCGAAGUGGCAGGCGGCCACGAGUUUUCACGGCAUAAACCCAAGUAAAGAGCCCGUCUUUAAGAAGCCGUGCCUGUGUUGUCAUUUCGGAGCCACAGUGAAAACUCGCCCAGCCCAGCGCCGGUGAGAAGCACAAUGUCGCCAGCACAAAAAACUUUUUCCGUGGGAGGUCCUGCACGCGAUGGAGGAGGAAACGCUGCGCUUCUCCUCCGUGGAGCGCAGAGAUCUGAUGUGGGGGCCAAAGGGAGAACUGGUGCCAUUGAGCUCCAUUUGGUCCGAGGACGGCGCUGCAUCACCGCAGUCCCGGAAGCGCCGCUCCAGACGAAGGACGUCACAAAAGGCUUUCGCAAGCGGGCAGCACGCGGCACUCCCGCAAGCUCCUCCCCCUCCGGGCGGAAGUAGACAGCCGCCAGCCUAGCAGCUCCAAGAGGACGCCACAGACCUGGAUAUUUUUUUUCCAAAUUAUUUUUCUUUUGAUCACCCGCCUCCAACCAAAGACUCUAAAAACACGACAAAACAUUACCAAGAUAUGUUUUUAGAAAUCAGGUCUAGUCAGUCACAGCCAUCCCAGUUUCAUGCCCCGCCCCCCAGGACUCAAGCCACACCCACGUCACAACAUGUUUCUUUUUUUUCACCCACUAAAACCCAGGUGGGUAAAAGAGGACAAUUUAAAGGGGAGGAUUCUGCCCCCCUCCUGAUCUCCCUCCACCCUCCCCUAAAAACGGUUCCAGACCACGGGAAGCGCGUCUGGUAUCCGCUCCUUGAGGGGGGGGCUAGGGCUGGGAACUGUUCAGGUGGGGUGGCUCAGCAUCGUCAUGCCAAGCCACAGCCUCUAGCACGGCCGCCACCACCAGUUCUUCGGCCUGCCAAGUCACAGCCUCCAGCCCGGCCGCCGCCACCGGUCUUUCGGCCUGCCAGGCCGCAACCCCCAGCUAGUCCACCUCCACCUGCACCACGGCUAGCACCACGGCUAGCUGCUCCAAGGCUAGCACCUGUACCUGCACCACGCCGCCAAGCGCCGCCCGUAGCUGUUCCGCGCCGCCAAGUGCCGCCAGUAGCUGCUCCAAAGCUAGCAAUAUGCCAAACUGCACCACGCCGCCAAGUGCCGCCGGUAGAUGCUCCAAGCCGCCAAGUGCCACCAGUAGCUGCUCCACGCCGCCAAGUGCCGCCGGUAGAUGCUCCACGGCGCCAAGUGCCGCCGGUAGCAACUCCACGCCGCCAAGACCCUCCAUGCCAAGACCCUGCACGCCAAGACCCUCCACGCCAAGACCCGCCAUGCCAAGACCCACCAUGCCAAGACCCGCCAUGCCAAGACCCACCAUGCCAAGACCCGCCAUGCCAAGACCCACCGCCUGCUUCGUCUACUGCACCCAUGCCUGCUUCGUCUGCUGCACCCGCGCCGGCUUCAUUUGCUGCUUCCACGCCUGCCACGACGACGCGCGCAGUUUCCACGCCUGCCACGAUGACGACGCGCCUGCCUCCUUGUCGGCCACGGAUGUGGCCGCUACCUGGUCGUCCGCCACGCCAAGUGCGCCCACCUCCUUGUCGGCCACAGAUGUGGCCCUUCCCGGGUCACCCACCUCGUCAGGUACAGCGGCGCUCUACGCGUCGCCGCCACCUGACUUUGCCUCGGUGGAUUCGGGGACACUUGGUCUGGCGACCCACCGCCAUGUCCCCCUCCCGCCCUCCCAUGACUCUCGAUAAAUAAAUGCCUUGUUUUGUUUGUUUUUGGACAUCUGGGAUCUGUCCUUAAUGGAGGGUCUCUGUCAUGUCUGUUGAUGAUGUUUUUGUUUAGUCAUGUUCUGCUUGGUUUUUGGACACUUUUUAGUUCCUGCUUUUUCACUCUCUUGUUUUGUCACCAUAGCAACCAUUAGUUUCACCUGUUUCACAUUUUGAGUCACGCACCUGUUUUCACCAAUCAUGUCACUAUUAUUUAAACCGAUAGUUGCCAGGAAGUCAGCCUGGCGACAUUAUCUGCGGUUACCCUUGUCACUCAUGUGUUCAUUCCAUGUCAUUGUUCCAUGAUCGUUUCCAUGCUUGUUCCAAGUAAGUUUUUUUUUAUUCAUGUCACGUUUAGCAGUUCUUUUGUUUUAUGUCCUUAGUCUACGUUAAGUGUAAGUUUUUGUUUCAUAGUCAAGUUUGUACCUCCGCCUUGUGCGCGCCUUUUGUUUGUUCCUUUUGUUAGUGUUUAAAAUAAAUCAUGUAUUUACCUCCAAGCCAUGUCCGAUCCAGCUUUACUUGCAUCUCGGGAAAACAAACAACCCAUAGUCCACGUAUU